AUGGAGCAGGUCGAUGAAUACAAAGAAGCGAUCGAAGAGAUGCUUGACUCGCUCAAAACCGCUCAAGCUAAUUUGCUGCACUCUAUCUCCAAAGAACAAAGCGAAGAUGGUUUAUAUUUGACCAUGAUGACGGCUGAACAAAAGCAACCUGUUCAAAGACAGAUACAAUCACUAUCGAUUCCUUUCCAGCACAAAGCUCUCAAGCAGACGGGAUGUGGCACCAAAGAUAUCCGAGAAUACGCAUCAACUCUGCCACCGAUAACGGAGGCUCUGAUGCUACGAACCAUGCUGAAAGGAUUGAACAAGAAGGACCGGAAAGCCGCACUUCAAGAAUAUGAUAGCACGGAGGAAAGGGAGCGAGUUGGCUUGGUCUUGGAAUUGUUGAAGCAAAUCAAGAAUUCCAAGAAGAACCAGACGAUUAGUCAGACUGUCUCGGAAAGCAGCAAGGCAUCUCCGGCUCACAAACGCUCUGUAACAAAGCCUAUCAAUACGGAACCCCGUGGCAUAAACCAGGACGUACGCAAUGAUUCAAAGGAGAAAGGCCGUCAAGAUGCUGGUGGAGUCAGCCGGAGCAACAAAAUCAGCAAUUUCAAGAAGAGCAAAGAAAAAGAAAAGGAAAACGACACCAUAAACAACCAGAACAGCAGCCAGAACAGCAACCAGAAAAGCGACCGGAACGGCAACAAGAACAGCAAAGAGAGUCUCGCUGAUAAGUCCGACGAUAGCGUCUCUGAUGACAGCACCGACGACAGCAACUCCGACGACGGCGCCGACAGCAUUUCCGAUGACAGCGCUGAUGGGAGCGUCUCCGAUGACAGCGCCGACGAUGACAUCUCCGACAACAGCAUCUCUGAAGAAGACUAG